CGCCAUACGCUGUCCGGGAAGUAACGAGGCAACGGGGUGCGCGACGAGGGGUGGUCGGCUCCGAAGGAGGCGAGCGAGGGCGGGCGUCCGCUUUCCGUUGGCACGAGACGUCACCUCCGGCGCGAGCGCACGCUUACGACAUCCGCAGCUGGAUUUCCCGGCACGUCUAGAAAAGAAGGACCCUCGCAUGGCAGUGUGAAGAGCGCCGCAGCAGCCACAUCCACCGGUCAUACACGACAGAAGCUAAUCAACCAUGUAUCGCCUGCUGUGUCUGGUUGCUACCGUCGCCGUGAUUACUAUGGCCACCGAGCCCGAGCCCGAGGAUCGAUGGAAACUAGCCCUCGCCAACAACUACCUUGGCCUGAACUUACUCAAGGCCCUGCCGAGCAACGCAAAUACGAACGUGUUCUUCUCACCAUUCAGUGUGUCGGCGGCCUUAGGCAUGGCCUACAUUGGUGCGCGUGGCGACACAUUGGAACAGCUUACGCUGAACUUCGGCUAUACCGCCGAGGAACUCAACGAACAGAAGAUCCUGGCACUGUUCAAGGAGCAGCUGGAAGCGGCGCGCGACCUGCCUCACGAGUACACACUCGACAUCGCCAACGCAGCGGUCGCUCAGGAAGGCUACGGCGUCCUGCCCAACUACACGGAAGCUCUGGUGAGCGCGUUUGGAGCAGAAUAUCUCGAAGCAGACUUCAGCAAGAAGGGACAAGAGGCCAUCGACAACAUCAAUAAGUGGGUCAGGGAAAAGACGCACGGCAAAAUUCGCAGCCUCUUCGAUAUGCCGCCGGACAUCUCCACGCGGUUGAUCCUGCUCAACGCUGUAUACUUCAAGGGUACUUGGCUUUACGAGUUCAACAAGCUGAAAACAAAGCCACGCUCCUUUUACAACGGUGGUGUCACCAAAGUCCUCAUACCCAUGAUGAAAAUGAAGUCUACGCUCAAUCACACGUUCGAUGCAAUGCUGAACGCUGACGUUGUCGACCUGCCAUAUGUUGGCAAGGACAUCGCCAUGACCAUCCUGCUUCCCAGUGAGCGUAAUGGCAUUGAGCACCUCAAGUCGGCCCUUACCACUCAGAACCUGAACAAGGCCGUUGCCAGGAUGUACCCGAAAGACAUGAAAGUCAGGCUGCCAAAGUUCAAGCUCGACAACAAGUACACGCUCAAGCCAACACUUGAGACAUUGGGCAUCACAAAGAUAUUCUCCGCGGACGCAGACCUGUCCGGUAUCAGUGGCGCCAAAAAUCUGUACGUCUCGGACGUGCUUCACAAGGCCGUUCUGGAGGUGAAUGAAGAAGGCAGUGAGGCAGCGGCCGUCACCGGAUUUGUAAUCCAGCUACGCACGGCGGCUUUUGUCACGCCUCCACCGUUGCCCAAGGUGUACGUUGACCAUCCGUUCAUCUUCCUCAUUCGAAACGUCCACACUAAUACUAUCAUGUUCCUGGGCGAGGUCAACGAACUACCUCCGCAAAACCAUGAAAAUGUGUCGGGGGCAACUUUGAUUAUGAAGAUAGGGACGUUCGUGUUUCUUUUCUGGACGUGUGUGAUGCAUAUGUGCAGUGCGGACGAUGCGACGGGCUCGACAAACUUGGCAUUGGGCCUCUUCCAACAGCUUUCGACUGACACCUCCGACAACGUCCUUUUCUCUCCCUUCGGUGUAUCUGUGUUGCUGGCAAUCCUUUCAGCCGGCUCCAAAGGCGACACCAGUAAAGAAAUUGUUAGUGUGUUCGGCUCAGAUACAGCCAUAGCCGCAGUGAAACAAGACAUUGAGAGUGCGUUCAAAGAAAUGUCCACAGGUGCGCCGAGUGCCGUUCGAAAAUCACCGAUAUUGUUGGGGAAUCUGCUCGCAGUGAAGAAAGGUUUAAAGUCGAAACUUCUACCCCAGUUUCUGAACUUUCUUAAGGACGGUGGUCCAUUUUCGACCCUAGUAGAUGAGCUGGACGAAAACUUGGCCAGUAAGUCCAACAAAUGGGUCAGCAAUCAGACGAAAGGUCAAAUAACCAAAAUUCUCGACGACGACCAUACUGAGGACGAUGCAAGAAUGCUUCUGCUGAACGCCAUACACUUCAAAGGCGAGUGGAAAGAGAAGUUUGAGAAACAGCUCGCUUUCAAAGGCACCUUCAAGAACUACGAUGGCACCGACACGCCGACGACGUUUAUGUUCAAGAGAAGGCACUUCGAGUACGCGCUUGAUGCCACUUUGAAGACACACGUCAUCUCGCUACCUUACAAGGACGUCAAAGCGAGGUUCGUCCUUUUGCUUCCACUGAACCGUGCGGGAGCGAAGGCGCUGGCCGGACUCUUGACCGCGUCCGAAUGGAAGCGCCUCCUGGGAACACUGAGGAACACGAGCGUGGCCCUCUCGAUGCCGAAAUUUGAGCUUUCCAAGAAGUACAACCUCAUGAAGUCGUUGGAGUACCUCGGCAUCAAAAAGAUAUUCACCGACAAGGCCGAUCUCUCGGGCAUGAUUGGCACGGGUGACAUGUUCGUAUCCGCGAUCGAACAAGUUUCGAAACUGAGGCUGGACGAAGAAGGCAGCGAGGCUGACAGCGCGACGCUGUUGAGGAUCUCGGGAAAGGCGGCCGAAGAAGGAGAGUCGGUCGUAGCCGAUCACCCGUUCAUAUUUGCGGUGACGGCCGGGCGACGGGGCGACAUCCUCUUCAUGGGUCAAGUCAACAAACUACCCGCGACGUGACGCUUACUCGUGAGUGAGAGUGGCCUUCAUCGCACAGUAAUUAUCAGAUUCGAUUAAAGUGUUCACGGUGUCCCGUCCCGGUGCGGUGCUUGUCAAAAGAUCCGAGAGACGCAAGUCCUUACCGAAGGCGAAACGUCGCGAGAAGGGAAGUACUCCUGGUUUCGUUUUAUGCUUAGUCUCGUGCCGUUACCUCUUGAUAAACGAACAAUGAAAGUGAAGGUCAUACCAGGCUUCCUCAACGCGUACUUUCCGAAAAUGUGGAAAGACUCUGUCUGUACGUCAAACAGCAUGUACGCGAAGUGUUCUGAUGAGUCUGGCGCUAAUCUGUCAAAAAUAAAAAGAAAGA